AUCUCGCAUCCCUCCUGCUCUAUUCCCUCCCUCCUCAUCCCGCGUCGGCUCGAAAGUCGAAACCCUAGGCCAACCACCCUCCUCUAGCAUACAGACUCGAACGGAGAUGUAUGCGGACCAGAUCUCCACCGGCCGCAAGCGCUCCGUCCACGAGCGCCUGGACGCCGACCUCCCCUCCGGCCGUGGCGGCGCGGACGCCGCCGGCCGGGUCCGUCACGCCGUGUCCAAGAGGCAACGGCAAGCCGAUGAAAAAUGGAAGCAUGAUCUUUACCGGGAAGAUGAUAGAUCAGCAUCAAAAUCAAUUGAUCCACGGGAUUUGCGAUUCAAGCUUCAGAGGAAAAGCUCCCAGCAAGGGUUUGCUGGCCAAAAGGGUACUGGGGUACGUGAUCUACGUGAGAUGCUAUCUGGAACAAUGCACCCACAGCCAUCAAACGCUGAUCCUCGAAAGGCGAAACCUGUACCGGAGGUUGUGAAAGUCACAAGGCGUGAAACUGUCGACGAAAGGCCUGUACGCCAAAGUAAGAAAGUAUCAAAACCAUCUUCAUCGAAGAAGGCUUCUCAGCCAAAGGCUGAAAGUCCACUUGACAGUUUUCUGAAAUCACUUGGACUAGAGAAGUAUUCUAUUACCUUCCAGGCAGAGGAGGUUGACAUGGCAGCCCUACGUCACAUGUCUGAAAGUGAUCUCAAGGCUUUGGGCAUCCCGAUGGGUCCUAGGAAGAAGAUCACCCUUGCCUUGGAAUCCAGAGCUUAGGCAAUGACGACAGAGUAUAAUGUAGAAAAACAGGGAGAUGUGGUAGGUUUUGCUCAUUGAAGGUUCGGCUCCGGCAUGUCUUGGAAAGGGUAGAGGCACAACAAUGUGGGAUCUUUUGUAAUGCAUGUUUGUGUCCGCAUAAGCAUGCAUCAACCAGGUUUAGGUUGUUUAUAACAACGUGGUGUGCUGGCUAUGAAGGAUGCUGCUGUAAGAUUAUUAGUCUGCUGUUAUUUAUUUGGUCAGCAUGCUGGCCAGACCAGCUGAUUAACUGAUGGGCCGGGUGCGCUUGCUGUACACACUUGCUGCUGAAGCUAUGCCAAUACUCAUUACUGUAUACUUCUGUUACUUCUCCCA